AUGGGAUUUAAGCAGUCUACUCCUGAUAAUUCAUUGUUUACCAAAGGAGAAGGAUCAUCAUUUGUGGCACUGUUAGUUUAUGUUGAUGAUAUAGUAGUGGCCAGUCCUAAUAUGGACUUAAUUGUACAGAUCAAAACACACCUCAAUGAUCAGUUUCAAACCAAGGAUUUAGGGCCUCUAAAGUAUUUCCUUGGUCUUGAAAUUGCUAGGCAAAGGAAGGGUAAUGUAGUGUCUCAAAGGAAAUAUACAUUAGAGCUGCUAGAUGAAGCAAGUUCCAUAGGAUCAAAACCUGUCCAUAGCCCUACUGUUCCUUUUCACAAAUUAAGCAGAAAUGAAGGUGAUGUUCUUGAUGAUAAUACUCAAUACAGAAGACUUGUUGAGAAACUUUUGUAUCUAAACAUUACAAGGCCUGACAUAAGUUUUGCCACACAACAGUUAUCUCAGUUCCUAAACAAACCUACACAUCUACACUUACAAGUAGAUCAUAGGGUGCUGAGAUAUCUCAAAAAUGCUUCAGGACAAGGCUUAUUCUUUCCAGCCUCAUCUGAUCUUCAGCUAAAGGCAUUCUCUGAUUCAGAUUGA